AUGACACUGAUGCAACAGGCCAACGCCCACCGCUGGUGGAAAGAAGCAGUGGUCUACCAGAUAUAUCCUGCAUCUUUCCUCCACACAGGAGCAGGAGCACAGCCGGGAUGGGGCGACGUUCAGGGCAUACUGUCCAAACUGGACUAUCUCAAGCACUUGGGAGUGGAUAUCGUCUGGACCUCGCCCAUCUACAUGUCUCCACAGGCCGACAUGGGCUACGACAUCAGCGACUACAAGAAUAUCGACCCCAAAUACGGUUCUCUCGAAGACGUUGAUGAUUUGGUUGCCGGUCUCAAACAACGAGGUAUGAAGCUCAUGAUGGACCUGGUAGUCAAUCACACCAGCGAACAGCAUGCCUGGUUCUUGGACUCCCGCUCUUCCAAGAGCAGCAAGCACAGGGACUGGUAUAUCUGGAAGGAUGCUCGAAAAGACGACGACGGGAAUCGUCAACCGCCGAACAAUUGGUCUCAGAUCUUAGGCGAUGCCAACUCUGCGUGGACUUGGGACGAGAAAACGCAGCAAUACUACUUGUCUCUGUUUACUCCCGAGCAGCCUGACCUCAAUUGGGAGAAUCCCGAUGUUCGAGACGCUGUCCAUGAUGUGCUCCGCUUCUGGCUGGACCGUGGCGCGAGUGGCUUCAGAAUGGAUGUCAUCAAUCUCAUCUCCAAAGACCAGAGAUAUCCUGAUGCAGAGAUCACGAAUCCAAAGGCAAAAUACCAAUCAGGACAUAAGUUCUUUGCCAACGGUCCGCGGUUGCACGAGUUUCUCAAGGAUAUGAACCAGAAGGUUCUGUCCAAGUAUGACUCCAUUACUGUUGGCGAGAUGCCGUACGUGACUGACGAGAAAGAGAUUCUGCGGGUCGUGGGCGAAGAACGAAAGGAAUUGAACAUGAUCUUCAUCUUCGAGAUCGUAGAUGUAGAUAAUGCACCAGGGGGUCCUCGUCUAACUCUCCACGAGUGGACAGUCGACGACAUCAGGGAGAUUGUGUCCAAAUGGCAGAACGUCAUGCGUGCGCAAGGAGGCUGGAAUUCUGUCUUCAUCGAAAAUCACGACAACCCACGCUCAGUCUCUCGCUACGUGAGCGAUGCCACGCAGGAAUCCCGCGAGCUAGGCGCGAAGCUUCUAGCCACCAUGCAGACAACAUUGAGUGGAACAUUGUACGUAUACCAGGGCGAGGAGAUCGGCAUGGGUAACGUGCCGUUAUCAUGGCAACCUGAAGAAUACAAAGACAUCGAAUCCAUCAACUACUGGAAAAAGAUGAGCGAACUUUGCAAGGAUGACGACAAGAUGCUCGACUUUGCCAAAGAAGUGAUGCAGAAGAAGGCAAGGGACCACGCUCGCACGCCAGUCCAGUGGAACGAUGGACCCAACGCAGGAUUCUGCGAGAGUGGCAUCAAGCCAUGGAUGCGUGUGAACGAUGAUUACAAGAUCAUCAACGCCAAGGCGCAAUGGGAGCUCGACGACCCCGGCAAGCUGUCAGUCUUGCAGCACUGGCGACGUGCGCUCGAGAACCGGAAGAAAGAGAAGGAAGUAUUCGUCUAUGGGGACUUCAAGGUGUUUGAUGACAAGCACGAGACAAUCUUCGCCUAUCGUCGAGCGAGUAAGGAGAAAGCUUUCGUGGUGGUGCUCAACUUCUCCGACAAACAGGUCGAAUGGCAAGUUCCGCAGGAUGCUCGAGUGCAGAAGUGGGUGGCGGGCAAUUAUACAUCAGGGGCGCCAGGGCAGGAUGUCUCGGCGGCCACCAUUCAGCUGAAGCCAUGGGAAGCCAUUCUCGGCGCAGCCCACGUUGACAAGUCUCUGUCCAUCCACGCGACUUGCUAG